UCUUCCCCCGCCGAGCCGUUGCCCACACAUCACUCACUCGCCAGUAGAGUACUCUACUCACGCACCACCAUCGACAACUUGACCUGAGCUGAGCUGAGCGCCUCGCAAGCUCGCUCACUCACUCAGUCCUCGCCAUCAUCUCCUUCUUUCCAGCUUUUCUUCCUCCCCCGCCCUGUGGACUGUGCCCCCCGCUUGCUUUGCUCGCUGCCUUUUCCCCCUCCCUCCCUCUCCUCUCCUCUUUCUUAAAAAGCUGCUCCCUCUCCCCCUCGCACCUCCUCUCUCUCUCUACUUCGUCUUCUCUCUCUCUGCCUUGGCAUGGCUGCCUGAGGUCAAAUACCCAUCCCGCUUUCUCUCUCUUUCUCGCACAAUCUUUGUCCCAGAUUCCAACCCUCACCUCCCCUCCAUCCAUUUAUUUUAGCGCCUGCCUGCUAGCUGCUCUGCUUCAUCUCUACCCCAUGGCCAUGGCUUCCACGGCGGCGGUCAGCGAGCCCCCGACGGAGCAAAAGCGCCGCCAGCUUGGCUUCUGAGCUCUGACCUCGCCUCUCACCCACCCCGCACCUACCUACCAGUACAGUCACUGAGUAGCAAGCUCAGCUCAGCUCGGCUUGACUUGAAGUGGUGCGUAGCAGUUGGUUGGUUGGUUUGCUGCGCGGAGAGGAGCGGAUGGAGAGCAGAUGGAGGAAGGCCAAGAUGUCGCUGGGGCUCAACCUCUGCGUCUACGUGCCCCGGACGCUGGACGACCUGGACGCCGGCCCGCCCUCCACGGGCUCCUCCACGGCCGCGCUCGUCUCGCCGGCGGCCUCCUCCUACGCCACCAGCGCCAACACCACCCCCACCGCCGACCCGGGCAGCGCCAAGGGCCCCGGCGCGCUCAUGCCCACCACCCCGACGCCCACCUCCGCCGGCCUCCGCCUCUCCAAGUCCGGCAGCAAGUCCUUCAAGAAAACAUGUGCAAUAUGCUUGACCAUAAUGAAACCUGGUCAGGGCCAUGCUCUAUUCACGGCAGAGUGCUCACAUACCUUUCACUUCCAUUGCAUAUCUGCAAAUGUUAAGCAUGGAAGCAACAAUUGCCCAGUUUGUCGCACCGAAUGGAAGGAACUUCCAUUCCGUGGCCCGCUGGUUGCUGCAAUCCCUCAAGGAAGUGCAAGGAUUAAUCCUGUUAAUGGGCAGCAAAAUGGCGGCCACAUGACACUAUUGCGACCACUCCCUCGUGCUCGUUCUUCUGGCCGCCUUCAUCAUGUAACUUGUUUGUUGCCUGACACUGACCGAAGUGUUUUCAAUGAUGAUGAGCCCUUGGAUUUGUGUGAAGCAACUGAUGACCAUCAGCAAGGAUGUUCAAGAACAGUAGAGAUAACGACACACCCUGAGUUCACUGAAAUACCAGAAAGUACUUCAGAAAGAAGCUUCACUGUUCUAAUUCAUCUAAAGGCACCCCUUGCUCAGAAUUUGCAUGUACCUGGAGAUGACAGUAGCCCAAACACUGGUCGAGCCCCAGUUGAUCUUAUCACUGUGCUUGAUGUCAGUGGUAGCAUGGCUGGUACCAAACUUGCAUUGCUGAAGAGGGCCAUGGGGUUUGUCAUUCAGAACCUUGGCUCCUCAGAUCGGCUUUCUGUCAUCGCCUUCUCAUCAUCUGCACGCAGGCUCUUCCCUCUUCGUCGGAUGACCGAAUCUGGUCGUAAGCAAAGCUUGCUAGCAGUCAAUUCUCUGACGUCAAAUGGUGGCACCAACAUUGCUGAGGGUCUGAGAAAAGGCUCCAAAGUGAUUGAAGAACGACAGGCCAAGAAUCCAGUCUGCAGCAUUAUCCUUUUAUCAGACGGGCAAGACACAUAUACAGUCUCACCAAGUACCGGUGCACACAAACCAUUUACAGUCUCACCAACUGCCAGUGCACAGAAAGCAUCAGCGGAGUAUUGUGCGCUCUUGCCAUCUACUAAUGGUAGUCAGCAGGUACCAGUUCAUGUGUUCGGGUUCGGUGCUGACCAUGAUGCAGUUUCGCUCCAUUCGAUCUCUCAAACCUCUGGUGGGACCUUUUCAUUCAUCGAGACAGAGGUUACCAUCCAAGAUGCAUUUGCUCAAUGUAUUGGUGGACUUUUGAGUGUGGUCGCACAGGAUUUACGUGUAAAGGUGGAGAGUGUCCACCCUGAUGUGCACUUUGGUUCCAUCAGAUCAGGCAGCUACUCCAGCAGAAUUGCAGAUGAUAAGAGGAAUGGGUCCAUUGAUGUUGGUGACCUGUAUGCUGAAGAGGAAAGGGAUUUUCUUAUGACUCUGAACGUUCCCCAAGGGUGUGGCGAAGAAACGGCACUUCUCAAAGUUGGCUGUGUCUACAAAGAUCCGCUGAUGAAGGAGACCAUCAACAUGGCUGAGGUGCAGGUGAAGAUCUCCAGGCCGGCAUUCGUGUCGGUGCAAACCGUGUCGAUCCAGGUGGACCGGCAGAAGAACCGUCUUCAUGCAGCCGAGGUGAUGGCCGCAGCAAGGUUCUCCGCGGAGCGUGGCGAGCUGGCACACGCUGUCUCACUGCUCGAGGACUGCCGGAGAAUGAUCAUGGGAUCAGCGUCGGGGCAGUCCGGUGACCGGCUGUGCCAGUCGCUGGACGCCGAGCUGAAGGAGAUGCAGGAGAGGAUGGCAAGCCGGCAGAGGUACGAGGCGUCCGGGCGCGCCUACGUGCUGUCGGGCCUGAGCUCGCACUCGUGGCAGAGGGCGACCUCCCGCGGCGACUCCACGGACAGCGAGAGCCUGAUCCAGGCCUACCAGACGACGUCGAUGGUGGACAUGGUGCUGCGCUCCCAGACGCUGACCCGCUCGUCGACCCCGAAGCAGACCCCGCAGAUGAGGCACGCCAAGUCGUUUCCGGCGCGCCCGCAGCCUAGGUAGGUAAAAAAAAACGUUUCCCGGCGUCGCCGUCGACCGGCGCCAAAAUAAGGAUCUUUAGCUGAAUUUAGAUUCUGUGGAAGCAGCAGUAGUGGUGUCAGUUGGAUUCUUGGUUUUUGUUGGGGUGUGGGGGUGAUGGGAUUGGGUUGGGGGUGGU